GUCGCCGUGUUCUUUUUCGAAGUGCAAAAGCAUUCAGUGCAACAAGUUCACUGCACGAUUGCACUGGGUCUUGAGCUAGUGCGGCCAGUUCAGUGCAGUAAAGCCUAACCUGUAACGUAACCUAAGGAAAAAUUGCGAACAUAUAGAAAAUGCAGGUUAAGGUUGAUGGAAAAAUUAUAUCCAUACAAUUACAUGACGGAAAUAAAGAAAAUGACGCUGUAGCCCUAAAGGAACAAAAUACAGUACAAGCAUUAACUUGGACCGAUGAGAGCACCAAAUUAUUCUUAACUUUGUAUAAAGACAAAUAUAUAUAUAUCUAUAGAUAUAUUUAUUUAUAUGGAAAAAAUAUGGAGAACGAAGAAACGGCAUACAUAAAAAGGGAUGAACAAGGAAAUAUUAUAAUAAAUGAAAAUAGGAAUGUUACAUGUAUAUCUAUAGGUGGUACACAAUUUGAAAUAAAUUAUGACGAAAUUAAUUUCAAUUGUAAUCAAGUACAGGUUAAUGUUGAUGGAUGAUCUGUUUAAAAAUAGAAAAAUAGCUACCAAAAAGAUAUUAUGGAACAGAAUAGCAUCACAAAUGAAUGAUGAAGGAUAUAAUGUAAGUGCAAUACAAGUAGAAAAUAAAUAUAAGUCUCUUGAACGAGCAUACAAGAACAUGAUUUCGAAUAACAAAAAAACAGGAAGAGGAUGUAUUUCGUGUCCGUAUGAAGCGGAAUUGACAGAUUUGUUAGGAUCAAAACAUAAUAUUGAACCAUUGGUCCUAUCUGGUAGACAAGGAUUAAUUUUAAAAAAGAACACGACAACAAACAUAUCUUUAUCUGUGGAUGAUAAUUCUGAUAAUUCCAAUGAUCCAGUGCAAUUAACAGUAACGCCAAAUACGAUACAGUCCUACACAGAAGUAACUACACGGAAUAAUGCAAUCGCUACUACAAACAAUAAUUCAAACCAAAUAUCGGUAAAGAAAUCUGGAAGAAAGGAAAUGGGCCCUACAGCAAGAUUUUUGGACAGUUGUCAGAAAAGUAUGGAAAUACUUACUUCUAAUAUUCAGAAAGAAAAAGCUUCUAAAGAUGAAUUGUACCAGCAAAUGUUAGCUGAGUACAGUAAAAUGAGAAACGCAUAUGAAGAAUGUGUCACACAAUUAAUAACAGCAAAUAAAUUAAGAGAAGAAAAGAAUCGACUGUUAAAAGAAAUCUUCUUAGAUUUUUCCAAAGAAAAAGAAUAAUUAUAAGUUUUGUAACGAGGAGUUUUACCCCCGUUACCAUCGUGUGACGGCGACCACC